AUGGGCUUCACUCUUCAGACCCUCGCUAUCUCAGCCUUGGCUGCUACCACCUAUGCCUCUCCUUUGAUCCACUCCCGGGCAACCAACACAUCCUAUACCAAUCCCAAUGGCUUGAAAUUUGACCAUAUCAACGGAUCUCUCCCCAAUGUCACCCUUCUCGCCACAGGUGGAACUAUCGCCGGCACCAGCGAUGACAAGACCGCAACCGCAGGCUAUGAGUCCGGCGCAUUGGGAAUUAAGAAGCUUCUGGCCGGGAUUCCAGACAUCUUCAACGUCGCCAACAUCGCCGCCGUCCAAGAGGGCAACGUGAACAGCGGAGAUGUCUCUUCCACCCUCCUCCUCAACCUCACCCACACACUGCAAACCAAAGUCUGCGACGACCCCACAAUGUCCGGCGCAGUAAUAACCCACGGCACCGACACCCUCGAAGAAUCCGCCUUCUUCAUCGACGCAACUGUAAACUGCGGCAAGCCCAUCGUCUUCGUUGGCUCCAUGCGUCCUUCAACCGCCAUCUCGGCCGACGGCCCCAUGAACCUCCUUCAGGGAGUGACAGUGGCCACAGACGAGGACUCCAAGGACCGUGGUGCACUAGUUGUGCUGAACGACCGCAUUGUCUCUGCUUUCUUCGCUACAAAGACCAAUGCCAACACCAUGGAUACUUUCAAGGCUUAUGAGCAGGGAAGUCUGGGCUUCAUUGUAUCGAACAAGCCGUACUUCUAUUACCCUGCCGUGCAGGCUAAUGCUAAGCACACUGUUGACGUGUCCGGCAUCGAUGCUGUUCCUCGCGUGGAUAUCCUGUACGCGUAUGAGGAUAUGCAGACCGAUUCGCUUUACAGCGCUGUUGAGAACGGUGCCAAGGGUAUUGUUGUCGCUGGUGAAGGUGCUGGUGGCAUCUCCACCGACUUCGCAGACGCUAUCAACGAUAUUGUUGAGAAGCACAACAUUCCCGUUGUUCUGUCGCACCGCACUGUCAACGGCGAAGUGCCUACCGCUGAUAUCACUGGCAAGAACUCCGAAACCCAGAUUGCGAGUGGCAUGUAUAACCCGCAGCAGUCGCGCAUUCUGCUUGGUUUGCUGUUGGCAGAGGAGAAGGGCCUAAAGGAGAUCCGCGAGGUGUUCUUGAAGGCUACUGUUGCUUAG